UGGCAGUGGCUGUGGUCAGUGUUUCCUGCGCAAACUUGGAAUGCUUUCAAACCGCACACAGCCGCGCUUAACCCAAUCACCCACAAUCAGUAAACACUUGGGAUCGAUGUUCCUUUAACCCGGAGGGGGACCUGUAGCACACACAGCGAGACAUGAUCAGCAGCAGCAGCGGCGCUUAUGGCAUUAAGAUGCAGUGGACCCCAGAGCACAGCCAGUGGGCGGAGCAACACUUCGACAUCUCCUCCACCACGCGCUCGCCGGCCCACAAGGCCGAGGCGUACCGGGGGCAGCUGCAGCGCGGCGCCGCCUCCACCUACCAGUACUCCUGGGCCAAUGACGACAUCUCGGCGCUCACCGCCUCAAACCUGCUGAAGAAAUACGCUGAAAAGUACUCUGGGAUACUGGAGCUGCCGUACCCCGAGGGUCUGGGCGGGGGGCGGAAGGGGGAGGGGGAGGCCUGGCAGGAGGGCGUGUACCCCAUGGGGUGUGUCCCCGAGGGGUUGUCGGUGAGGAAGGGGGGCGUGGCGGCCGAUGUGGGCGCGGGUCUGUGCAGCUCUCCUGGUUUGGCGUCCAGCGCCCUGACAGAGCCCAGCUACUCCAACAGCAGCUGUGGGAGCCACGCCCCCUCUGCUCUCCACCCGUCUGCCCUCGCCCCCUCUCAGGAAUACGGGCCCGGCUACAGCGGCUCCUACCUCCACCCUGGCUACGGCUCCCAGACCGCGGCCCCUGGCCUUCCCUCCCCGCUGCACAGCUCCAGCCUCCUGCAGCCUCCUCCUCCACCCGCUCACCCCACCCUGGUCCCCGCCUACAACGCGGGGUCCCCAAAUCUCUCCAGCUACAACUACCCCCCGGCGGGUUACCCUACCCAAAGCUCUGUGGGACCUGGAUACACCCCUGGAGGGGCUCCCCCUCCCUCCUCCUACCUCCCGUCAGGCAUCGCUGCCCCCACCCCCCUGCCACCCUCCUCCGCCCUCCCAGGUUACCCCUACCAGUCCCACAACCUCCCCCCCAUCACCCCAACUCCGCUCAGCAGCAGCCCCGCCAACUCCCUGAAGAGGAAGGCCUUCUACAUGACGGGGCAGGGAGAGAUGGAUUCCUCCUAUGGUAAUUUCGGCUACAGCCAGGCGAGGGGGGCUCCAGACAGCCCCAUGUUCAGGAUAGGAGACUCCAACGGCGGGGAAGGCAGCGGGUUUGACAGGAGCUCUGAGAAGUCGUCCCUGCCGUUUAAUCCCCAGAAGCAGUCCAUGUCCUCCGAGCAGCAGUCCAGGAAGUUCAGCGGGCAGACGUCAGGGCCCCUGACCCCUCCGUCCUACCCCUCCUCCUCCUCCCUGGGGGCAGAGCGAUCCGCAGACUCCCUGGCCAGCUUCGCCUCCCCCUCCCUGAGUGAGCAGGGUGCGGAGGAGCACAGGCUCCACCUCUCCCACGCCCUCUCCGCCUCCUCCUCCUCCAGGCCGGCCGAGGAGCAGCUGAGGAGCAGCGACCCUCACCUCCUGGACAUGGUCACCUCAGAGAUCCUCCAACAGGGCCCCCCGGUGGACUGGAGUGACAUCGCAGGCCUGGAGCAGGCCAAGGCCACCUUGAAGGAGGAGGUGCUGUGGCCCAUGCUGCGCCCUGACAUGUUCAACAUGGCUGCCGCCCCUCGCUGCGUGCUGCUGUUCGGGCCGAGGGGCACCGGGCGAACGUUGCUGGGCCGCUGCCUGGCCAGCCACAUGGGGGCGCCGUUCCUCCAGCUCAGCGGCUCCACGCUGGCCACUAAGUGGCUGUCAGACGGGGAGAAGAUCCUGCGGGCGUCCUUCCUGGUGGCACGCUGUAGACAGCCCUCCGUCCUCUUCAUCAGCGAGGUGGACAUGCUGCUGUCGGCCCAGCUCAGCGACGAGAGCCCCGUCACCCGGCUGAAGGCCGAACUCCUGACCCAGCUAGAGGCUCUCCUCCUGGGGCAGGCGGACGACGGCGCCGGCCAGGUCCUGGUGGUCUGCUCCACCAGCAAGCCCCAGGACAUGGACGAGGGGCUGCGCAGGUACUUCGGCCGUCGGGUCCUGGUGCCGUUGCCGGAUUUGUCGGCCCGGCACCAGUUGGUGAGCCAGCUCCUGUCCCAGUCCCAGCACAAGUUCUGCCUGAGCGAGGAGGAGCUGGUCCUGCUGGUCCAGCGCACAGAGGGCUUCUCCGGCCUGGACGUGGCACGACUCUGCCAGGAGGCGCUGCUGGGCGUGCUUCACUCCUCAGCGCAGGGCAUGGACAUCGCGGGCAUCAUGCAGGGAGGCGCCAUGAGGCCACUCACCUUUCAAGACUUCGACAGCGUCUUUUGCAAAUUCCAGCCCAGUAUAUCGCAGAAAGAGAUCGACACGUACACCGAGUGGAACAAGAUGUUCGGUUGCGGCCAGUGAACGGACUCCCGGCCUCCAGAGAGAGGCGUCGGAAGUUCUCCCGUCCGGAGGAGUCGUGUCGUGGCGGAGGGAGAGGUGGGUUGAGACCGGCCCAUGAAGACCUCACAAGCUGAAGUUUGAAACCCAGAGACAUGGUUUGAUUGAGAAGGGUUUGGCAGGUGACGAGCUGUUGUUUCACUAGGACGCUUGCCGUCGCUAAGAGUCAGGCAUUGUUUACACAUUUCAAAACAGGCCGCCUCCAGAAGAUUCGGCCGUGUGAGUGACUGUAUAUAUCAUUCUGUUAUCGUUCCUGAAAACUUUUGUUGGCUAUCCAAGUGCCUGAAGUGGUGCUUUCUUAUUUACAUCUUUUCCUCACAAUCUACAUUCAUGGCAUGUGCUGAUAAUGAAGAGCUUUAACUUUAACUGCGAGUCUGAAACUAGAGACUUGCGGUUGUCGUUGUUGGAGAUGGAACGUCUUCUCCUUGACGAGGAGCAGCAGUAUUCUUCUGGGGUGAUAGUACUCUGGACCCCGGCCUCAUCCCUUUCGAUCCUCCAUCUGCAAAAACAAAACAAAAAAUAUACUCAGGAAAGUGUUUGUGAAUUGUACAGUACCUCAAGACAUCGCGACAAAAGCACUAUGUUCUUCUGAGAGUAUUAGACCGUGGUUUCGGACUUUGCGCUAGCUACCUGAGCAGUGUUUGACGGGGUCAAAGGGCAAGGAAAUGACAAUGAAUGUACCAGAGUCGUUCUGGAAGGAUCACGGGACUAAGUCAAUAGUGAGAUUUUACAGGUUUUGUUUUUAUGCAGGUGCUGAAGCCAAUAUGUUACAGCCGACAUGAACAAAGGUAUACAAGUUUCAUCCCUUCCACCGGUUUUAUGAAACAUUUAGCCCACUUUUUAUUUUGGGAGGGGAAAGGUGAAGGAAGAUUGUCGUAAGAGGUGUAGUAACAGAAUCAGAAAUGCCCUGGCCCCGGUGUCAGUGAGGCUAAACACAGGGAAGGUGUACGCCAGGAACAGAGAGCUCACCAAAUAAAAUAAAAAGCGAAAGGUACCGUCAAAGAAGUGAAUUGCUUUGUAUCUUCCUGUUGGGGCCUGGUACUCCGUGCUACGUUUAGGAUCACAUGCACCCCUGUUCUGUUCUACCUCUUCCAACGUGUCUCAACUCUCACAGGAAGCAGACCAGACUUGUCGGAGAGAGGCUUGCAUUCCAAAAGCUAAAGGCUAGCCCAAGCUAACUAACCUUGCCAGAUAGUUAGCUGGGGAAGCUAGCCAAGCUUUUUUUGUAAUGAAGAAAUGCUUUCAUGUUUAUUCAUGAUUUAGUUUGGAGGUCAAGUUAGCAGUUGGGGUUCUGUUCAGGUUUUUUGUUCCCGAAAUGUGGAUUGUGGCUCACUGGGGUGUUUCAUUUGUGUUAAAAAAAGUGGGCAUGCGUGAGAUUGCUAGGGGGUGGGUGUAGUUCCGUGGUGGAGCCUUUGCCUGCAAAACAAGAGGUUGCAGGUUCAAACCCGUUGGGCAUAGCUCUGGAUAAGAGCUUAUGCUAAACACAUUGUUAUUACUAUCAUAGUUGGAUAUAUUUUUUAACCGACUGCUGUUGUAGACCCUGCUGAACCACAAGUCUACAAAUCAGAGAGUUGGUAUUUUGUUGGGCCUUUAAAGUCCUCUCUAUCUGCAUGUCACUCUAAGCACAUGGAAGGGUUUAAUUCCUCCAUUUUAACUUAUGUUUAAUCCUGGCUCUUAAGAUACACAAAGUAUAUGUACUGUGGCUUGAAGUGUG